AUGUUCCAACCCGCACCGUUCUUUCAAAGAAAAAAUUGUGCUGCAGGUGUUCUGGCUAAGAUGACCGGCGCAGAUAAACGAGCAAGCCAUGAACCAAUAUUCCCUCUCCUUUUCUCUCUCUCUUUUAUCUUUCUGUCUUCGUUUUCUUUUCUUUUUUUUUUUUUUUUUUUUUUUUUUUUUGCCUCUCCUUUUGCAUUUUGUCUUUUUCUUAUCUCUUUCUUACCAGAUAUAAUUUCACUUUUUUGCCAACUGCCACUAUCAACCAUUUUCAAAACAAUAUUUGCCACAUGCUUUGUUUGCGCCAUCUCUCACCCUCUCAUUCUGACCCUCUCCAUUUCUCCCUCUCUCUCUUUCUCCUUAUCUCCCGUCUUCGCUCAUCAUCAUUCCUAUCGCUAUCUCUUUACGUUGUCACUUUCUUUCUCUCCUUCUCUCAUCGUCUCUGUCUCAAUUGAUCUCUUUCUCUAUCUCUCUCUCUCUCUUUUUCUAUCGCUUUCCUCCUCCACGCUGUUGCUGUCUGCAUCUCUCUCUCUCUUUCACCUUAUCUCCCGCCUUCGUUCAUCAUUAUCCCUAUCGCUAUCUUUUUACGUUGACUCUCUCUUUCUCUCCUUCUCUCAUCGUCUCUAUCUCAAUUGCUCUCUUUCUCUGUCUCUCUCUCUUUCUAUCGCUUUCCUCCUUCACGCUGUCGCUGUCUCCAUCUCUCUCUCUCUCUCUCUUUCUCUUUAUCUCUCUCCUUCUCUUAUCGUCUCUGUCUUCAUCGCUCACUCUUUUCUCUGUCACUCUCUCUCUUUUUCCUUCUCUCAACCUCUCUGUUUCAAUCUCUCUUUAUUUCUCUCUUUCUCUCAUCGUCUCUGUCUCCAUCACUCUCUCCCACUUUCUCCUUAUCUUUCUCCGUCUCUUAUCAUCUCUGCCUCCAUUGAUCUCUCUUUUUACAUCUCUGUCUUUCUCUCACCGUCUUUGUCGCCAUCUCUAUCUCUCUAUCUCUCUCCUUCUCUCAUCAUCUCUUCUCCACGUCUCUUUCUCUUUAUUUAUUUCCUUCUUUCAUCGUCCCUGUCUUCAUCUUUCUCUCUUUUUCUUUCUUGUUCUCUUUAUCUCUGUCCUUCUCUCAUCGUCUCUGUCUCCAUCGCCCUGUCUUUUCUCUCUCUCUCUCUCUCUCUCUCUCUUUAUCUCUCUCCUUUUCUCACUGCAUCUAUUGCUCUCUCUCUCUUUCUCUUUAGCUCUCUCCUUCUCUCAUGGUCACUGUCUCCAUCGCUCUCUCUUUACUCUGUCGCUCUCUCUCUCUCUUUCUCUAUCUCUCUCCUUUUCUCACCGCAUCUAUUGCCAUUUCUCUCUUUCUCUUUAUCUCUCUCUUUCUCUCAUGGUAACUGUCUCUAUCACUCUCUCUUUUCUCUGUCUCUCUCUCUCUCUCUUUCUCUAUCUCUCUCCUUUUCUCACCGCAUCUAUUGCCAUCUCUCUCUUUCUCUUUAUCUCUCUCUUUCUCUCAUGGUCUCUCUUUUCUCAGUCUCUAUCUCUUUCUCUGUCUCCCCUUUUUCCACCGUCUCUGUCUCCAUCUCCCCCCCUCUCUCUCUCUCUCUCUCCUUUCUCAUCGUCACUGUUUCAAUCGAUUUCUAUUCUCGGUGUCUCUCUCUUUCUCUAUCUCCCUCCUCCUCUCACCGUCUCUGUCUCUGUCUCUCUUUUAUCCCUCUCCUUCUCUCAUUGUCCCUGUCUCCAUCGCUCUCCCUUUUCUCUGUCUGUCUCUUGCUUUCUCUAUCUCCCACCUUCUCUUGCCGUCUCCGUGUCCAUCUCUCUCUCUUCUCUCUCUCUCUCUCUCUCUCUCACUCUCUCUCUCUCUCUCUCUCUGUGUCAGAUAUACAAAAUUAG